CAUAGGUGGCUCCGGUGGCUCGCUGGCUGGCUGUGAGUGAGUGCGAGUGAGCCAGCCGCCGGUGUGUUUUGGCUAAUGUAAAUGAACGCGCCGGGCCGAAAGAGCCGGCCGGCUAGCAGGCAAGCAGGCACAGGCAGGCAGAGCGAGUGAGUGCUGUGUUGCAGUUUCGCCGCCACCGCGUAGUAAAAAGACAAGGGCAAGGCUGUGGGAGAGAGUCGCAGCAGCGCCGCACAAGAAAACACACUGCGAGAGCGCUCGGCGAGGCGGGCGAGCGAGCGAGCUAGCGAGUGAGUGAGGGUUUUCCAUUCCAUCCGCCGGCGAACGCGCUAACAGUGUAGGGAUGGACCUUAAGAUAGCAGCGAGUGCGCCGCUCCGCUAGCCAUGGAUUCGUCGGAGCACGACCAGGCCACCCUGCACUACUUCAUGUACCGCAGGGUGCAGCAGGAGAUGCAGUUGCACCUGUACAACCACCCCCAGCACCCCGCACCCCCGUCACUCCUUCCGCCCAGCUGCUACUUCGGCAUGUACGGAAUGCCUCCGAUGCCAGCACCCACUGACCUGACCUACAAAAACAGUGACCCUGACGCCCGCGCCAAGGUGGAGGACCGCGACAAAGCGCACCAUGAAAAUGAUGAGCAUUCCUCGCAAAGAACUUUAAGUGUCUCCACUAGUAACAGCUUUAAUGAAUCGAAGUGUUGGAAUUUAUCCAUGGAAAAUGACAUCGACACAUCAAGAAGAAAAGGAGUUCCUGCGCCUCAUCACACCAUGAUGUCCGCGCCCCACGUUGCGGCGGCACCCUCGCCCUUCAGGUCACCAGGGGGUGGCCAAGGAGGUGGGGCGGCCGGCGCAUCCAUGCUCAGAACCAGCCCGUGGCCCACGGCGGCACACGCCCCUGAAGGCUUUGGACGGUUUGCCGUGGGUGGAAGUGUUUACUCGCUGUUUCCUUCCGUCCCGAGUGCCACGGAGGCGAGUGCCAUCUAUUCCCACAGCUCAAGCUCGCCUGGUGCGCGGUUCGGGGUCGGCCAGUCAGCGACAACCACUUUUCAACAUUUAAUCGGAACACCGCAGAAAGGAGACACCCUCUUUUCUGCGGGGUUCCCUCUAACUCCGACCUCCAUCCCGCCUAGCUCGCCCCAAACCCUGUUCAGUACGGGGACGUCGGGUCUAUCACCCGCAGGGCUAUCCCCCGCACUGGCCGGCUCCCUGGACGCCGAAAGGGGCCUCAGCCAGCUAGAGCUGAUGGCAAGGGGUUACCCGACCCUGCCGCCGAUGGGGCACCCGCCGGCAAAUGGCAGGAUGGUAGACGAAGAGAAGAGGGUUGAGCCGUCAAGAAGCAGAGCAAACAGGGGGGCCAAGGAAAAGAGGCCCACCAGAGCGGAGAGAAACAAGGCCAAGGAGGACGCGCAAAAGGCCGUCGUCAGCUGCAGUUGUCCUACCAGUAAAGCGACUUGUACCAUCACCUCGGUCAAUGCUACUCAGGCUAUCAACCCUGUUUCUACAAGUACAAGCAUAGCGACAUUCGCGUCAUCCUCGCCACCUUUCCACUGCACGAUGGACUCGAUGGCAGCCGCCUCGCUGACGGCAUUCCACCCUCCCAACAUGGCCCCCAUCUUUCCGGCCCUGAUGGCUGACACCCUGACCGGCUGCAGCAGGACGAACCCUGUGCCGCCGCGCAGCAGGUCAAGCGACGCCAGCUCGUCAGGCAGAUCUUUCAGUCCGAUGGUGAUCAAACAGGAGGCUGGCACUCCUUGCCAGGUGGAUGAAGUGACCACCAGCAAGAAGGAGAAGGCCAGCACCGCCGCGCACGUCGUGUCGGUGCAGACCAUCAAGGCUGAGCCCAGCGAGGAGCAUCAUAGCACGGUCAAGAACGGCCUGGAGGCGCCCCUCGUCGUCACCAUGGCUAACAACCCACCUUCCGGCUCUUCUGCACACACUGCGAACAACAUUCCAGUUGGUAUCGCAGUGGCACGGCAGAGGAGCACCUCGCCUGGUAGGCUGACCACCAGCGAGGAGGUGUGCAGGGCCAAAUCUUCCAGCAGCGUGCAGGAAAAGGCGAGAGACGACUUCAGGGUCCUACUGCCCGCAAGGAGGACCGCUCCCGCCCCACUUGCUCCUGCACCGGCGGCCACCACGACAGCCACUGUGAUCAACACCAUGGCCCAGGCGAUGCCGACUUCGGCGCCGACUGCGCUAAUGGUGCACCCCCAAGAUAGGACGGCCACGCUUAUGACUUCUUCCAUUGUGCUGCAACCGCCCCCCGCGAGUGCGACCGGGCCUGCCGGAGCCACCGCCACCCUGCAAGUGCACACCACCGGGGGUGAGGACGCCGUCAGCCAAGCCUUGGCCGCCGCCAGACUCUCCAACGGACUACCCCCGUGGGCGUCACACUCGGCACCCAACUCCGCCCUGACUCCACCUACCUUGUGGCUCGGCCAACCGCAGUACCCGACAGGUCCCACCGUUCAAAUAGAAGCCGCGCCGCCGCCUUCGCUGCCCCCGGUCGGUCUGCAACUGGUACGCGACCCGAUGUCAGGCCAUCUCAUCCUUUUGCCGGCAGCUAACAUCGACCACGUCCAACGCACCCUGCAAGUAUGGCCAAACAACACGACAACGACGGCCAGUUUCCCACAAGCCCAAACGAGCCUGCCGCAACUGAUGCUGCCGCAGACCAACACCGCCACCGGCACACAGCACAUCACUGUGUUCCCCCAGCAAAACGACACAGAGUUCCGAAUCCUGCUACCGCCCCAGCACCUGACCCAACAAACUCAGCAACCUGCCCAGUUGACGCUGGUCCAUGAACCGAUGAAGCAGUCACCUUGCAAGAAGGACAUGAUCGAGGCGCCCAAAAUUGAGCUCAUCGACCCCACCAAGUUGAUCCCUUCCGAUCUGAGUGGCACCCACGCUGCCCAGUUCCCUACCUCCUUUGUUUUCCCCGCGCAAACGGCGAAUCAAGGACAGCCGGCGCAACAGCCAGCCACCCAGGUGCAAUACUUCUACGAGCAAAUCACUGGCACCACAGUGCAGAUCUCGGCCCAUCAAACCCAGCCCACCCCAACUCCAGCGGCUGUGACUUCUUCACCGGCGGUUUUGACUUUGGACACGGGAAGGAGAUCACAGGCCACUUCACCGGCAAAUCCCACUGAAGUUUGCCUAACCCCACCGCCUGAGACGAUCAGCCCAUCUACCAGUUGUCAAAAUGAGAAUGUGCCUGCAGUUCCGAGCAGCUCAACAACCGAAGAAUCGUAUCAAGAAAGCGCUGUGGACAGCUCGAGCUCUGAGGUGGUGGUCUCCUCAGAGGCGGAGGCAGCAGAGGUCAAAGUGCAAGACGCCAGCAACCAGACUGAAACUCCUCCUGUCAGCGAGGAUGAAGUGUCCAGAGAUGCUGCUUCCGAAGAAGACGCCCAAGAUGAGCAGGUUUUGGAGAUCGACCGCAAGGAGCCUGAAAUGGCAGAAGUAGAGGAGCUGAUUUCUCCCGAAACUACAAUGCCUGAGGAACAGGAACCUGACGCGGAGAAAGAGGCUCAGCCUGUGGAGCAAUCUGUUCCUAAGGCACCCCUUGUAGAUUUGAGUGGCUUGGAGCUUUUGUCCAACAGCAUCGAGCAGUUUGUUGAGAGAGAAAAGGAGGCUGAGAAGCAGUCGGCUGUGGCACCCAAACUUCAGCCUAUUAUUGGCGGGCUGGAGUUGUUGUGCGUCUUGGCCGAACACAGAAGGACUGAAGUAAUUGAGAAAGAGAAAUUGCAAACAGAAGAAAAACCUAUCCAAGUUGAAGAAAAACUGGAAAUUGAGCAAGAGGCAGAAGAGCCUGCUCCAGUGAAGCCAAAUGUACCUGAGAAACACGACGUAAACAGAAAUUACAAGAGCCCUAGCUCGGAGAAGAAAAUUAAAAAAUUCAUCGCCAGUAAAAACAUGCAGUGUUCAGAUAAUAGCACAUUCUCUCAAUCUACCAACUCCAGCAAUGGGAAUUCUGAGCUAGAGCUUCGCAUGCAGCUUGCUGCGUUGCAGAAAAGAUAUAAAGCCAAGCAGAAAGAGCUGUCCAAAUUGCAACAACCGAGAAGAAAUUCUGUGGUGUCUGAUGACAGUUGUAGCAGCCCAAACAAAAGACGCCCAGGGCGGCCAAGAAAGAGAAAACUUUCUCCAUUACCUAGUCCGAAAAAAGCAAAAGUCAUCAAAGAGGUCGAGAAGACUUUGGAAAAGGAGGAGAACAUGCCAUCAAAGUCCAAACCUAAAGACAUAUUGAAGCCUCCCACACUGAACACAAACAAAAUAUUGACUUCUCCUAAGUUCAAACCCAGUCUACCUGAAAAAUUCGGGGCUAAGGCUGACCAAGAAAAGAGUUCUAAGGAGGAUGACGUCAGCAGCUCUUCAGAUGGAAGUUCCCAAAGCACAUCUUGGCUCUCUGGAGGAUUCUCUUCUUUCAAAAAGAGUGCCGAACCAACUUCAGCAUUUACCUUUGGCACGACUAAAAUGUCUGCUCCACUUAUAUCUGGAGUCGGGGAAAAGCAAAGAUUCCAACCAUUAGCGCCAGAACCUCUCUUAUGGAAGGAUAGCUUGACAAGUCUUACGAAAACUGGAACACAUCAGUUUGGUGAGCUGCCCUCAAACGGUUUAAAAAGAACCCCCCUGUCAAGCUCAGAUCCAGAAAGUGACCAAGAAGGAGUAUCGCCAUCUCUUGUUCUCCCAAACUCCACGGAAGGCGCUGGUGGGUCUUCAAGUUCAUCAUCUUGCUCUUCCUGCUCGAGUUCGUCCUCUAAAAAGAGAAAGCCAGGUCGACCAAAGAGAAGAACCCCCGGAAAGUCAGACCAAACAUCAACUGAGACUAUCGUGGCGAAAAAACCGAGCAUCAGUUUUCUUCUGAGUUCCACUUCAUUUAGUUCGAGCUCAACAUCUGAAAGCAGACCGAAAAUCAGGCCAAAACUGAAGGCGGAAAUUAAACUUAAAACCUCUCGCGAUGACGAAGACGACUCUUGGUCACAGAAAAGCGAGCCUCCCACUCCGCCUGUAAAGGAAAACAACACGGCUCCCUGGACAAGCAAACCUGUGGCUGAAAGAGAGCGUCCAAGAACCAUCGACGCAGCUCAGAGACUAGGCCCCAAGAAGCGACCAUCAACUGGUGCCAGCUCAAAGUCUCCUGUGGCGAAGCAGCGCUCAAACUCGACCGAGAGCAAAGCCAAAAAGGUGUGUCCUGAGGUGAAAAGCCUGCCAAGAACAGCAAGAAAGCAAAUGUCAAGCGGCUCCACUGAAAGGCCACUCAAGCGCCCUUCCAUGGAAUCGUGCAGCGCAAUCAAUGGCCAUCUCUUGCCUUGCACUUUGAAAACUGAGGACCUGGAAGGCAAGCUUCGAGCCCUUAGAGUGGUCGGUGGUUUGGUUUACGCUGGACAAGUAACAGCAAUCAGAGCCCCUGACGUCUAUGGUAUUACUUUGGAUGGUGAAAGAGGAAACAGGCCUUAUAUUCUGUCUAGAGAAGAAGCUCUAAAAGAAUUGAUUCGAGAGGUUCAGCCAUCAAAAACUGAACAGUUACCUCCCGGAACCAGAAUCUGUGCAUAUUGGAGCCAGCAGAGCAGGUGUUUGUAUCCUGGAACAGUGGCUGAGCCUUCUAGCCCGGAUCCGAAUUUGGACAUAUGUUCAGUUAACGUUGAAUUCGACGACGGUGACAGCGGAAGAAUCACCCUGGAAGAUAUUCGCAUGCUCCCUGCUGAUUUCCCUAUAGUUGAGUAUGACCCAAACCCAUUGCUGUCUUUGGCAAAGAGGCGAAGAGCAGCGUCUGGUGCUAGCAGCACUGAAGGCAGGCGCACCAGCAGCGAGGUGCCAUUGAAUCCCCCACCAGAAGCCAGAGCUAAAAGUCCUGUAGCAGUAACUGCUGAUGCUUUUAAGAAGGGUGAAGAUUCUACCAAGUCCUCGUCUUCCAAGCAUCUCAGCGAUGAGGAGCGGGAGCGCAAGAAGUUAAGGAAGAUAGAAAAGGCAAAGAAGAAGGAAAAGCAUCGUACACUGCUUGCAAGCGUCAAAAUUAAAAAUAAGAUACCCAGCAGCCAUAAGAAGCACAAAAAACACCACCACAAGCACCACCACCAUAAAAGGAAGCACAAGCACAGAAAGCACAGUGACAAAGAGUUGUCAGGCAGUUGCGCAUCAGACUCGUCAACGACCCCUGAAGUCGCAAUGGCUUCCCCUCCACCAGCAGAACCAGAAGUGGCUGAGCCAGAAGUGGAGUUACCCCAGCCAGUGACUCCGGCCCCCAACGAGAAGAAAACAAAGUCUCCCAAAAAGAGACAAGAGAGACAGUCUUCUGGCGAAACCAAGAGUAAGAUGGCAGCUUUCCUCCCUGCGAGACAACUGUGGAAGUGGUCUGGAAAAGGCUACAAGAGACCUGGUGGAAAAGGCAGGGGCAAGAAGGAAUUUUACAAGGCCAUUCAGCGAGGAAAAGAGACAAUUAAUAUUGGCGACAGUGCGGUCUUCUUGUCAACCGGUCGCCCUGAUAGGCCUUACAUUGGCAAGAUUGAGACAAUGUGGGAGUCAUGGGGUGGAAACAUGGUUGUUAGGGUGAAGUGGUUCUACCACCCUGAAGAGACCAAGGGAGGCGGAAACCUGGACAAACUGAAAUACCCUGGUGCUCUCUUUGAAUCGCCCCACGCUGAUGAAAACGACGUGCAGACCAUUUCGCACAAGUGCGAAGUCAUCCCCCUGGACAAAUACACCGAGCGCCUGGGCAAAGAACCUUCGCGCUACGCGUCUAUUUAUGACAACAAUGACAUUUACUACCUGGCUGGUCGCUACGAUCCUACAGCUGCUGUGCUUACAAUGGAGCCAGGAGUGAUUUAAAAGAAAACAUAAGUACACAUAAACUAUUACACCACCCCUGCGAAUAAUUGAAAAUUAUUCAAGUUGCUAUAAGUAGUCUAACCAGGGUGUCGAAUUACUUUACCAUAAAAACGGAGUUGAUAAACUUUUGGGGCUGCAUUAAAAUCAGAAACUGAUGUAUAUCGUGUGGUCAUCCCCUCUGUUAAGGAAUACAAUACAUACACACCCAAUAUUUAUCACAACGUCCCUGGAGCAAAAGUUUGAUUAAGAUUUCACUACAAUAUCGUAAGCAAACAAAAAUUGAAGAUGAAUGAACUGUUUGAGGAUUUGCCACAAAGAACUGAUUACACUGACUGCGGAGAAGAUUUGAAAGUACAUUUUAUGAGAUAAUUUUGUAUAAUCACACUGACAGAAGGGAGGGAUGGCAGGUAUAUUCUGUCCUUAUGCUAAAGCUGUGUAAAUAAGCCAAGACUGUGAGAUAAUUCCCCUGGCUCUUAAGAAUACUUCCUCUUCGUUGUCUUUACUUGCAAAUAUUCUUCUACUCAUUAUAUAUUGGAUUUUUCAAUCCAAACUUUUCGCUCUUUUUUGUAAAUGUAAAGUGUUGUCUCAUUUUUACUGUGGAGAGCUGUGUCUAAUCAAUAUCCUUAUCGUAUAAUCUUAUACUAUUACCAAUAUGCAUUGAGAUAAUAGUGUAGGCUACUGAAUAAUUAGAUUUGUGAUUUAGCAACUGGAAUCAGAAUUUUUCUUAAAGCACAUUCCAGUUGCGUUGAUAUUGUGAUUGGCCAAUAUGUUAUACGAUCUAAUCUAGAAAAAUUAGUCAGGCAAAAAUUGCUUUGUUUCAAACAGCACCUCCACAAAAAUCACACUGAUUUUUUAAAUGCUAUAAAUAUAGACUGCUUUUUACGUCAUCGUCAACACUUCCGCCAUAAUUUUUCUACUUGUUGCAUUUUUCUUCAGCUUCAUCUAGAUUUUGUUAAAACAUACCGAUACGCUUAAACAUUAGUUCUUUUAAUGAUCGAGGGGUUAAAAUAAAGAUAAAAAAAUGUUUGACCAUGCCCAGAAACACACAAUAUACACCGCUUACAGAGGAAGAACGUGAAAACAUACGCUCUGGAUCAUGAUCAGAGAAGAUGAAAUCAAUUUUAUUCUUGACUAUGUUUUAUAAGUGUAUACCUUGUAAAUAGAUAGGCACACUACACCGACAAAGAGAAGAUAAAUACAGAUCAUAAAAUAUGUAUGGAGGAAUAAUAUUAGCAGCGGAAUUAUAUGAAUCAAUAAAAGGAGGAUAAAAAUAAAAACGAACAAAAAGUUA